UAAAUUUGUCGCGCUUUUUAAAUGAGUUUUUUUUUGGUCGGCAAAAAUCCUCUUAGCUAAAUCCUCCCCGCGGGUGCCGACUGGGCAAUGGGCGUCGCUGCUGUCACCGUGAUGGCUUAGCACCUAGGCUAGUACCUAGAGCGGGUCUUGGCGGUGGGAGCAGGUGGCGUCUAGCGAAGGCAGGAAUACGUAUCCAUCCUUUAGCUCUUGCUAGUGCUUUGCUCUGCAUAUGAAACUGGGGGAGGGGGGUGUAUGCCUACUUCUGCCAUUGCUAACGAGGUACCUGGCGGUAGGUAUAAAACGCUAGGGGUAGAGGUUCCCUGACAUAAAAACUCAUCAUGGAGGCCAGAAAGGAAGAAGAGCGGGCUGGGAUAUCAGCCCAAACGUCGGUGGGAGAAGUGGCUACUACCACCGGCGGGCACAGCGAGUCUACUUGCUGUGUCGCCAGCGGCCACACCUCCGCUGUGAAGGGAGCGGUUCACAGCGGUUGUAGUAUUGCCGCCAAAGCGACGCUACAGCGCAGGGGUGCCACAGUCCACGAAGACUCGGACCUCGAAAGCGGUGAGAGCGUUUGCACACAAGAAGAGGAGGCCUUGCUACGCUCUCCGGGGGAUGCCAAAGGUGCUUGUUCGGCAUCAAAGAAAAGGCCUAGGGCAAAACCCAGUAAGGAGGGGUUGAAGGCUAAAGCCAUAUACAAGGCGGCGGUCAAAGUCCACGAGAGACUUAGGUGCAAGUCCAACCGGACGAAGGAAGAGGAGGAAAGGUUGGCUUGGGCUAAGGAGAAAAUGGAGGAAGGCCGGGCGUACUACGCGGCAAGGCCACGAUUCACUGCCACGGAUCCGGGAUUCGCAAACCGGAUAGAGGAAGGAAUCGCGGCUAAAAGGCAGCGGUCUGCUGAAAGCGAGACAGCAAGGCCAGCCAAAAAAUCGAGGCGCAGAGACGACGCUGCAAAGCCAAACGUCAGGCUCGAUCUAGAGAAACCGACUACAUCGAGAGCGGCGGCAAUGGCCAGUGAGGUAGCCAGAAGACACCUUAUCGUGGCACUCACAGACCGGAGCAAUCCGCUGGGACAAAUCUCUCAGGAGCGCUGGGGAGCAGUAGAGCAUAAGCUGCUGGAUGCGCUCGUCGCAAAAAUGGAUGGGGACCCCACCACGACCAUGCCCACUUUCGAUGGUGCGGGGUGGCUAAAUGGGGUGAAAAUAAUAAGAUGCAAGGACGAUCCCUCUCUACUAUGGGUAAAGGAAGCUGUUGCGACGCUUCAAGGCCCGUGGGAGGGCGCCGUCUUGGAGGUUGUGGACCGCAGCUGCAUACCAUCCAUACCGAAAGCGAAGGUGCUCAUACCCCGCACGGUAAAACCGGAGAAUGCGCUGCGGCUUCUGCAGAGACAGAACCCAGACGUGCCGACGGGAGAUUGGAGGGUGUUAAAGGUCACCAACUCCUGUAAGGAGGAUGGCAGCCAAAAUUACAUCCUCCAAAUCAACAAGCCGGCCGAAGACAUACUGUACGCUAGGUUCGGGAAGAUGGCGUGGGGCAUAGGUAGCGUAUACCUUCGCCUGAAGAAGCGAAGCCUGGCCGAUAACAAUGCUAACACACUGGAGGAGCGAGAGGUCGAGAAGGAUCUGGGAGAGAUCCUGGAGGCCACUUUGAAGCUCCAGGAGACCGAGAAGGGCGAUCCGGAGAUUCUACCCGACCCCGAAAAGAAUCCUGAUCCUUGCAGUGAAGGUUCUUCAAAUAAAUCUGCAUAA